AUGUCAUCCACUCUCUUUUCUUGUUUGCAAAGUAGCCAAAAACUGAGUGAGACUGAGAAAAUCCGAGACAUAUGUGGAAUGAAAGACAAGACGAAUGAAUAUAAAGUGGCUGACAACAACAAUAAUAAUAAUAAUAACAGUAAAGAACAACUUAAUAACAAGAAGAAUAAUAGGAAUUCAUAUCGAAGCAGUAGUGAUUCAAUAGUCUAUGAAACUACACCAGAACAACAACAACAAAAACUAGACAAUAGCAACGAUUUAUUUUCACUCUUUGAUUCAACUUUUACUUCUUCUCAACCUCAUCCUCCAACCUCAUCAAUCUUUUUAAAUAACCAACAAGAUACCGAUAAUAACAAUAGCAAUAGCAAUAGCAAUAGCAAAGAAAAUAGUAGAGGAAAGAAGAGUCUUGGAGGAAGGAACAACAGCGAUAAAGAUAAUAACAUUAACGAUAACGAAGAAUACAACAAUAAUAAUAACGCAAUCAAUCCUUUAACAAUCGAUAGAUCAUAUUCACUAACACCUCGAGACGAAGAUAUUAAUAUUAAUAAUAACAACAAUAAUAAUAAUAAUAAUAACAACAAUAAUAAUAAUAUAAACAAAUUUAAAAAUAAUAAUCUUAGAAAUUCAAUGUCAGCCAUUAUAAACAAUAAUCAUCUUAAAAACCGUAUAGAUGAAGAUGACGAAGAGGGAUUCUUGGAUACCGAUUCACACCAUUCAUCACUCUAUAGUCCCUCUGUAGACGAUAAGACCCCUCUUAAUCCAACCAAAGACUUUGCCAAAAUAUAUGAAGCAAAUCUUUCAAAACAACAUCAUAAAAAGUUUGUUUGGUUAUUCCCAAUUUGGGCAGAAGAGAAAUUAAGAUGUUUGUUCAUUACUGCUCUUGUUGCAAUUGAGAUUGCCAUUGCAGCUCCCUUUUUCCUUUAUAUUAUUGGCCAUGAUGCCCUUGCAACCGAAUUUGCCUACCUUGCACUCCUCCUUGCUCUCUUGUCUCAAGUUCCAAAAAGAUUCCUUUGGAGAUUUAGACCAUACAUGGUAUUAAGAGCUAAAACCAUGAAAAAAGAUCAAACAUCAUCAUUCCCAUCAAGAGCAGUAACAUGUUCAGUGGUAUAUAGUUAUGCAGUAGUUUGGAUAUCAUGGUAUUAUAAAGGAUCAAAAGACACGAUUGAAUGGUGGAUGCCAAUACUUUUUGUGGUGAUGGUUCUGGCGAGUAGUUUUGCGCGUAUCAAUCUUGGAGUACAUUACCCAUCGGAUUGUGUAGGAGGUGUCAUUCAAGGCAUUCUCGUCUGCAUCAUUGGUAGUGGAAUGAAAAAGCUCGACAUGCUUGGGUGUGGGUCGUGUUGGUACUAUGAAUGCUAUGCCCAAACUCCCGAGAGCACUCUAUCCUUUGAAACUCUUGGUCGAAUCAAUUUUGUAAUGUUAUCCAUCCUAGUCAUCAUUUGUAUUGUAGUUCCUGUCAUUUCAGUUGUCAAACCAGUCGAUUUUUGGUCAAAAUGUGAUAGAGUUUAUGGAAUGUUAUUCCCAUCGAUUUGUUUCCAAUUAAUAUUCUUGUGUCCAAGUUCAUAUUCAGAAGCAAAUAGUUUACCACGUCCAACUUCGGCCAAAUGGUAUUCUUAUUUGUUUGGUUUUGGAUUGGCUAUCACUGCAACACUGGUAGCAUUGAAAUUUAAAGCAAAAUAUUCGGUUCUCACAUUUUGGAUUCUUUUUAUCCUUUUAAGUAAGAUGAUGACAACAGAAGAAGCACAAACAUCUUAUCCAAAGGAAAAGAUUAAUAUAUUAUUAGUUGAGAAUAUUCAUCAAGCUGCUAUCGAUCUAUUCAACAGAGAAGGAUUUCAUGUUGAAUCAUUGACAUCAGCAUUAUCAGAGGAUCAAUUAAUUGAAAAAAUCAAAGAUGUCCAUGUAUUGGGUUUGAGAUCAAAGACAAAGGUCAGUGAAAGAGUAUUGAAUGAAGCUAAACGUCUCAUGGCUAUUGGGUGUUUUUGUAUUGGUACUGAUCAAGUAGACUUGACAGUUGCUGAAAACAAAGGUGUUCCAGUUUUCAAUUCACCAUUUUGUAAUUCAAGAAGUGUUGCUGAAUUAAUAAUUGCAGAGAUUAUUACAUUGUCUAGAAAAUUGGGAGACCGUAGUUCAGAGAUGCACAAUAAGAUUUGGAAAAAAGAGUCAAAGAAUUGUCAUGAGAUUCGUGGCAAGACAUUGGGUAUUAUUGGGUACGGUCACAUUGGUUCGCAAUUAUCGGUGUUGGCCGAAGCCAUGGGUAUGAACGUGAUCUAUUAUGACACGGCCAGAAAGUUGCCGUUGGGAAACAGUCGUACUUGUCCCGACAUGAAGUCACUGCUCGAGCAAAGCAACUUUGUCACUUUGCAUGUGCCAGACACCGAACAAACAAGAAACAUGAUCUCUGAGCCCGAAAUCAUGUUGAUGAAACCUGGUAGCUAUCUGUUGAACGCUUCAAGAGGUAAGGUAGUCGAUAUUGAAGCGUUGGCCAAAGCACUUAAAUCGGGACAUUUGGGUGGGGCUGCCGUAGACGUCUAUCCAGUUGAACCAGAGGCCAAUAACAACCAAUGGGAAUGCAUACUCCAAAAAUGUCCAAAUACAAUCCUAACACCACAUAUUGGUGGUAGUACUGAAGAGGCUCAAGAAGCUAUUGGCCUUGAAGUGUCCGAGUUGAUCACCAGUUUUAUCAAUGCUGGCUCGUCGGAAGGUUCAGUCAACUUCCCAGCCAUCUCUAUGCCCAUCCGUCCAGACACUCAUCGUAUCCUCAACAUUCACCAAAACCGUCCAGGUGUGCUCCGUGACAUCAAUCUUAUCCUCUCUGAAUUCAACGUCUCUGCUCAAACCCUCUCCACCCGCAAACAAAUCGGUUACAUCAUUGCCGACGUUGACAAGGCUGCCUCCAAAGAAAUUAAAAAGAAAAUCUCUUCCAUCCCAUCUUCAAUUAAAACUAGAGUUUUAUAUUAA